GGAAGGCCCUGGCGGAUCGGGAGCGUCGCAGGGACAUGGUGACGGGAUGGACCGCAUCGCCGACGCCUUCCCGCUGCACCUGCUCGUCUGGCACAACCGGCACCAGGCGCUGGACGGCGAGCUGCGAAAGGGACAGCAUGACAUCGAGAUGCUUGACCCACGUGGCCGAACACCACUGGAGCUGGCCGUGUCCCUCGGGAACCUGGAAUCCGCACGAGUGCUCUUGCGACACAAUGCUGCUGUGGGCCAGGAGAAUGCCAAUGGUUGGACAGUCCUGCAGGAGGCAGUGAGCACAGGGGACCCGGAGAUGGUGCAGCUGGUGCUCCAGUAUCGCGAUUACCAGCGGGCCACACAGCGCCUAGCUGGCAUCCCAGAAUUGCUCAACAAACUCCGCAAAGCUCCUGAUUUCUAUGUGGAGAUGAAGUGGGAGUUUACCAGUUGGGUGCCCCUGGUCUCCAAAAUCUGUCCAAGUGAUGUGUACCGUGUGUGGAAGCGUGGGGAAAACCUCCGGGUGGACACAACCUUAUUGGGCUUUGAGCACAUGAUCUGGCAGCGGGGGCGGCGGAGCUACAUCUUCAAAGGUGAAGAAGAGAAUGCCGUUGUGAUGGAGGUCGACCAUGACAAGCAGGUUGUGUACACUGAGACCUUAUCACUAGCCUUGCACGAGCCUGAGCUGAUGCUGACUGCCAUGCAGCCAUCUGAGGAGCAUGUGGCCAGCCGGCUCACUUCUCCCAUUGUCUCCACCCACCUGGAUACCAAGAACAUUGCCUUUGAGCGAAACAAAUCUGGCAUUUGGGGCUGGCGCUCAGAGAAAAUGGAAACCAUCAGUGGUUAUGAAGCCAAGGUUUACAGUGCCAGCAACGUGGAGCUUGUUACCAAAACCCGCACUGAGCACCUGUCAGAUCAGGACAAAACACGCAACAAAGGUUCCAAGACUCCAUUCCAAUCUUUCCUGGGAAUUGCCCAGCAGCACGCUGCACAGAAUGGGGCCCCAGUGCUGCAGUCAGCCAGCCCUACCAACCCAACAUCUAUUACCCCCGAAGAAUAUUUUGACCCCAACUUCAAUUUGGAAUCCCGUAAUAUUGGCCGCCCUAUUGAGAUGUCAAACAAGGUGCAGAGGUUCAAGGCGACCCUUUGGCUCUGCGAGGACCACCCCCUCUCCCUGGUGGAGCAGGUGACCCCCAUCAUUGACCUGAUGGCUAUCAGCAAUGCCCACUUUGCCAAGUUACGAGACUUUAUCACCUUGAAGUUGCCUCCUGGCUUCCCUGUCAAAAUCGAGAUCCCCCUCUUCCACGUGCUGAAUGCCCGGAUCACUUUUAGCAACUUGUGUGGCUGUGAUGAGCCACUGAGCUCUGUGCGAAUCUGUACUCCCACCCCAACACCAGAAAACACCUCCGAGGAGCCAAGUGCCGGGGCAGAAGCAGCCAAUAACACCAAAGUGUACCCUUUCCCCUGUGAGGUGGACCCAUCUGUAUUUGAGGUGCCCCAAGGCUACACAAUGCUGGGUGCAGGUCGUACAGAGCCUAUGAGGGAUGAAGAUGAUGACUUACUCCAGUUUGCCAUUCAGCAGAGCCUUUUGGAUGCUGGUACAGAGACAGACCAGGUCACUAUCUGGGAAGCUCUGACCAACACAAGACCAGGAUCCAAUCCUCCAUCCUACGAUGAGGAACUACAGUUGGAGCGGGCUAUCCAAGAGAGCAUGUUCCUUCAGUCGGGGCCAGGUGUGGGCACAGCAGAGACGGGAGGUGGCAAUGGCGGCCCUCCGCCUGAAGACAGCCCAGUUCUCAGCAACAACGGGGGCGGCUCCUCGGCCUUGCCCCCACCCUACCCCAGCUUUGAUGAGCAGCUGCGCCUGGCCAUGGAGUUGUCUUCGAGGGAGCAGGCGGAAAUGGAGCGCCGACGCCAGGAGGAAGACGAGGAGCUGCAGCGCAUCCUCCAGCUCUCCCUGACGGAGAAGUAGCAUUCCAGCCUGCCAGCAAAGGGGCCCCUAGCCUCCCUCAAGCCUUGCGCCUCCCGGCCUAACUGUCCUCGCCAUCAUUGUAUUUUUUAAACCCCUCUGGGGUGGGGGUGGGAUUCCAUGCUUUGCCCCUUUCCUGCUAGGGACAGGCGGGACAUGAGAAGAUAGCACCUUCGACAUUUCCCAGGACUCACUUGGUUCCAUCCUCCGGUAUUAUUUCUUGUAAUUUUUAAAAAAUUGCUUUAUAUCCUCAUUCUUCACUGAGGAAAUGUUUUAUACAGCAUAGAGAGGUGGGGUGGGGAGAGAAGAGAAGCAGCAGCAGCAGCCGAGAGAAAAGAAGCUGCAAAAGAGGAAGAAGUCAAGGAAAUUCUUAUCACUCAGCAUGAGUGUGACAUUUUGAAAGACUGAAAUAAAUGCAGGCUUUCUCUCUCCUUGCACAAGGGGGCUUUGCCUACUAGUGAUGGAGCCACAGAGGGGGGCAGGUUGAGUUUUGAACCACAAUGCAUUGAUGUUUGCAGUGAGACUGAAGCCAGGCUCAAGUGCGAUGAAUAAUUUUUCAGCCCCCAUUGCCCCUUCCCUCUUCAUUGUGAGCUGCUGCUCAACCCACCCCUGUGUUUAAUUUAUUUUAUUUAUAUCUCUGAAGAUAUAUACAGAAAAAGGGGAGUGGGAGGUGGUGUAUUUUUUUUAACUGAACCCAGUGGGUCUAAAGGGAACAGCUGUGCCCAAUCUGGAGUGGCUUUCUCCUGUCGUCUGGGGACCAGGAACAAGGGGCUCUGGGCAGCAGGAACUACUAAAUAAAACUAAGAAACCAGCA